AUGUUGUUUUCUGCGUGCGCAGAUACUAAUGACCAAUCUCUGGGGCCCAAUGUCCUAGGUUGUCGAGGAGACUUCGACUUCACUGUCAAGUUCGAACAGUUGUGCUUCUCACUCACACCUGCAGCCAUUUUCAUCCUUGCGUCGCCAUGGCGGGUUGCCCAUCUCGUACGAAAGCCGACAAUCGUGGGCGCGCCAUUGCUCCGGCUAGCAAAACUUGGUGUUCUCGUCUCAUAUGCGUCUCUUGAACUCUCACAACUUAUCCUCAUCACGGUGCUUCCCUUUGGUGCCAGUGGUAUUGACAUCAUCUCAUCUGCGCUUCGCCUUGCUGCUGCUCUUUGCAUGGUCGGCCUCUCUUACUUCGAUCACAGCAAGUCACCAAGGCCCUCCAUCUUUCUUAGCGCCUAUCUCUUCUUUACACUUCUAUUCGACGUCGCCCAAGCCCGAACCUAUUGGUUGGCUUCCUCAACUCGGCCAGAGAUUGCAUUUACCGCUAUCUUUACGGCUGCAUUAACUAUGAAGGUUGCUAUGCUCUUGCUUGAGGCCCAGCGGAAAACUAAAUGGGUCGCCUGGGACUCGAAAGACCAUAGCCCAGAAGAAACCAGCGGUAUCUAUACUUUAGGCGUUUUCUCCUGGCUUAACAAGCUCUUUUUUGAUGGAUAUCAUAAGACCUUAGGAAUACGCGACCUGUAUCCUCUUGACCAAAACCUCGCUGCCACACGUCUUUCUGAACGCUUCUCACGACAUAUAAAUGAAGCCAAACAUAAAGGCCAUGAAAUCGGACUCAUGGAAGCCUUGGCCAAAACACUCCUUGUCCCUAUGAUACUUCCGAUUCCCGCAAAACUCGCGGCGAUUGGGUCCUUUUUCUGCCAGCCCCUAUUCAUAAGCAGUCUCACUAGUCGCUUAUCUCAAUCUGAGCCUGUUCCAGUCAAUAUCGGAUAUGGCUUUAUCGGCGCUAGCAUCUGCAUCUAUUCUGUAAUUGCCAUUUCACAAUCACUAUAUUGGUAUUUCCAACAGCGAUUGCUAUACAUGAUGCGUGCGUGUCUAGCAACGGCCAUCUAUACGAAAACCACGGAGGCCCGUGCCGCGGAUGAAGACGAGAAUGCGUCGUUGACCUUGAUGAGCAUUGACAUAGAACGUAUUAUGAAGGGAUCCUUGUAUAUGCAUGAACUUUGGGGAAAUGUAAUCGAGGUUGCCCUUUCUGCUUGGUUAUUAUACAACCUACUCGGUGUCGCCUUUAUAGCGCCAAUUGUGGUCGUUUUUAUAUGCGUCGGCGGCGUAUCAUUUUUUAUGCGAUUCAUGGGAGACUCCCAAAGGAAAUGGAUGGCUGGGAUUCAAAAGCGUGUCGGGCUUACCUCCAGUGUCAUCGGCAACAUGAAAAAUAUAAAGAUAUCCGGCCUCACCAGUCCCAUUUCUCGCUUCGUCCAAAAGCUCCGGGUAGAUGAAUUGCAAGCAGGGUCCAACUUCCGAUUGCUGAUGUUAACUUGCUCAGUCUUUUCCUACAUACCACUCCUCCUCCUAGAUGCUACGAAACUAUUCACUUCGCUAUCUUACCUCUUACUCAUGUCAACUCCCCUUCAAAAUUUAUUAGAGACAUUACCUCAAAUGGCUGCAGCAGUCGCUUGCCUAGGCCGUAUCCAGAAAUUCUUACAGGGUGAGGGACGUGAUGAUUACCGUGUCUUCCUCUCAAGGUCAAGAUGGGAUCCGGAGAAGUCGUCCCUUGAUAAAUCUGACAAAUCCCCCGCAGUCGUAAUAAAGGAUGGUAGCUUUGGUUGGAAGCCUGAUAAGAUGGUCCUCAACAAUCUCGAUAUCGAAAUCCCUAGAGCUUCUCUUACCAUAGUUGUCGGACCAAUUGCAUCAGGAAAGUCAUCGCUUUGUAAAGCACUUCUAGGAGAAAUGCCUCACAGCCAAGGGACAGUAACGAUAGCUACUAAGUUUUCAUGCGUGGGCUACUGUGACCAAACACCGUUCCUAUCAAACGGCAGUAUUAGAGACAACAUUAUAGGCUAUUCUCCAUUCGAUGCGCAGCGUUAUGCCGAAGUCGUCGAUGGAACUAUGCUAGGUAUUGACUUCGAAACAUUGCCCGAGGCAGAUAGGACAAACAUUGGAAGCAACGGGAUAACCCUAUCUGGAGGACAGAAGCAACGCGUAUCGUUAGCAAGGUGUCUCUACUUGCAGUCCGACCUCUUAAUUAUGGACGAUGUUUUCAGCGGCUUGGAUGCGGACACCGAAGACCAAGUGUUCCAACGUGUGUUUGGAGCAAAUGGAAUCCUAAAACGACGACAAGCCACGGUUGUCUUAUGUACACAUUCCGUUCGUCAUCUUCCGUCCGCCACGCAUGUUAUCGCUCUAAGCACCGAUGGCACUGUUGUCGAACAAGGGACCUUCGGCGACCUUGUCGCUAACCAAAGUUAUAUUCACAGCCUUGGCGUCAAGGCGCCGUUGACAAGCCAGGCCGACAGCGAAAAGAUCGAAUCCGAUGAGAGUGCUAUCGAACCUCAAAUAAACUUAAUUGAACGAGCUCCAACGGAGACACCUGAAGUAGGAGGAAAUGACAAAUCCAGGCUCAGUGGCGAUUCAGCAGCCUAUAUAGUAUACAUGAAAAGCAUGGGAACAAUGCUCCCUGUAGCUAUAUUCACUUCCGGGCUCCUCUACGGCUUCUUCUACAAUUUCCCGACAAUAUGGCUUACGUAUUGGUCCGCUGACGCUGUUGCCACCAAUCCCUCCCACUCUUUCGGAUAUUAUGCAGCAAUAUACGCCGUGCUUGAGGUUUGCGCCAUGCUAUCGCUGAUAUGGCUUGGUGUUUUGCUCUACAUUACCGUACUUACUCGGUCCGGGGUCUCCCUCCACCACGCCGCUUUGCGAACCCUCAUCCAUGCGCCGCUUAGGUUCUUUACUACGACAGAUCAAGGCAUCAUCACGAACCUUUUUUCUCAGGAUCUAAGUCUGAUCGAUAACGAGCUCCCCAGUGCCCUGCUAAAUGUUAUAUAUAUGGUGUUCGUUGGCAUAGGCCAAGCUGCAGUUAUCGCAUCGUCGUCCCCAUACCUAGCAAUCAGUUAUCCGUUCUUAUUUGGCAUGCUAUAUGUAGUUCAGAAAUUUUAUCUUCGAACUUCGAGGCAGUUGAGAUUGUUAGACCUGGAGGCGAAAAGCCCACUGUAUACACAUUUCCUCGAUACUUCAAAGGGUAUUGUAACACUUCGAGCCUUUGGUUUUGUAAGCGAAGACCGCGCAAAGAAUGCCUUCCUCUUAGAUACAUCUCAGCGACCUGCGUAUCUUCUAGCUAUGAUCCAACAAUGGCUGCAUUUUGUACUCAACGUCGUGGUCGCCAUUAUCGCUGUCAUGCUCACGUCGCUCGCCGUUCGCCUCCGUUCCAACUCCGGUUUCACCGGUGCAUCUUUAGUCACGCUAAUGUCGUUUGGUGAGAUGUUAUCUGGCGUAGUUAUUUACUACACGGCGCUCGAGACUUCUCUCGGUGCUAUCAGCCGACUCAAAGCUUUCGACAAGGCCGCGAAGACGGAGACCAAGGACGGAGAAGAUAUCGUCCCACCGGAGGAGUGGCCUCCGCGGGGAGAAAUCAUCCUAAACAACGUCUCAGCCAGUUACGACAAUGAUACUCAGCUCGAGACGCCGACCUUAGCAUUGAAGAACCUUCGACUUAAGAUACGCCCCGGGGAGAAAAUAGCCAUUUGCGGACGUACUGGAAGCGGAAAAUCAUCUCUCAUUGCUCUUCUGCUAAAACUUCUCGACCCUAUCGACGAAACACCCGAUUGUGUCAACAUUGACAAUACGCCGCUGAGUCGCAUCGACCGCGUCACGCUUCGCCAGCGCAUCAUCGCCAUACCCCAGGACAUCGUCUUCCUUCCAGACGGCUCGACAUUCCAAGAGAACCUUGAUCCAUCCAACGUCUCCACGGCAGCGGAUGCUCAGGCCGUUCUCGAGGCGGUGGAUCUCUGGGACUUCGUCCGCGAUAAAGGCGGCCUCGAGGCAGGCAUGACAGUAAGCAACCUUAGCCAAGGCCAGCGACAGCUAUUCUCUCUCGGCCGAGCAGUUCUUCGCAGACGCAUUCGAGCGCGCAGUCUCGGAUUCGGCGGCGGUGGAUCGGAGGGCGGGAUUUUACUCCUUGAUGAGGUCAGCUCGAGCGUCGAUAGGGAGACCGAGAAGGCGAUGCAGGAAGUGAUUCGCGUUGAAUUUAGGGAGUACACGGUAGUGGCGGUGAGCCAUCGCUUGGAUAUGAUCAUGGAUUACGACCGCGUCGUCGUCAUGGAGAAGGGCGAGAUUGUGGAGGAGGGUAACCCGGCGCGGCUGGUUGAGGAGCCGGGGACUAGAUUCGGAGAAUUGUGGAGCGUUGGUGGGAACUAG